AUGUCAGCGGUAUGGUUUUACCCAAAUGAUAACUGGCCCAUAGGGCCUACACAGCGUUUAGGAAUAUACCGCGGCAGAAUGGCACAAAGGUGACCGAGCUCAAUCAGGACCCAGAACUAACUGAGACCCAAGAACUCAAGGAACACGCAUUCUGCUUCCUCUAGGUACCUGUCGACAGGGCUGCUUCUGUCUCAACCUUCGAAUAAAUCCGACGGCAACAACCCACUGUCCAUUGAAUCAAGUAGAAAAAGUCACACGCGACUCAAGACCCCACCGAGGUGGGGGAGAAGCUUGCAAGUAUCUUCUUCCUGA